AUGCAGGCUUUCGUCCCCAAAAAUAGAAGGCCCAGAUUUGAGCUAGUCUUAAGAAUCAGCGACAUCAACAACGUCCCUUUGGGCAACGGCACUGCUUGGGUACGAUGGCGUUUGCCAUCAUCAAGUGCUAUAUCAGAGCACCAAGGUCACACCGAGAAGGCAACCCUUUCAGACCAUCGUGCUUACUGGAACUACGAAAAAGCUCUUCAAGUCAGGCUUACCAUCGACAGAUCUUCAAUGCUCCAGGAAUGCGAAAUUGUUUUUGAAGUUAUUCAGGAGUUCCACUCAUCCCCGACCAAUGAAAAAAUCACAUUGGGCAAGAUCAAGCUCAAUCUUGCCGAAUAUGUGGAUAAGGUCGAAGAGGAUGAGGGUGUCGUUAGACGAUAUCUGCUGUUAGACAGCAAAGUCAACAGCACUGUGAAGAUUGGCAUUGCUAUGCGUCAGCUGGAUGGAGAUCGCAAUUUCACGACGCCUCCACUGAAAUCUGCCACUGUGUUUGGGGGAAUUGCAAGAGUUGUGCACUCGGCUGACCCCGGAGAUACUGAGGAGAUGGGUCAUAUGCCGUCAAUCACCACUAAGAGCAGGGAAUUAGCGGAUAUGCAAGAUAUUUAUCGCCGCACCCUGGCAGCCUCCUGGACAUCUCGACCGUGCGAUCUUCCAGCAGACAAAUUAGUCGAAGAGCUGUUUACUGGAAGUCCUUGCUGGACCAAAAACACUUAUAACAGCCCCGACCUUUCAGGGAGCGAACAGGGAUCACCUUUCCUUGGUGUUGAUUCGGCAAUGAAACAAACUCGCUCUGGAAAAGGUUUAUCGCCCAGUUUCGAGAGCCGUCGUUCCAAGAGCUCUUCGAGCAAUCGUUCCCAUAGUAGCAGCAGAACCCCCGACACAUUUUCCUCAAAUGGACAUCAUCGAGAGGACGGUAGUAUCGAGCAGCAGUUGUAUGAUGGGAUAAAGGGUCGUGGGUGGAAGAGCCAGAAUGCCGACAGCGAAAGGUGUGAGUUCGAUGUUCGUGAAGAUUUGCGAAGCUGGGAGGUGACGGUACAUGAGUAA